AAGAUAUUCUUAGGAAUACUGAUACAUAUUUAGCGCUUUACAAUUUUAUACAUCAUACUGUAAAAGAGAUAUGAAACAUGGUAUCCCUGUUUUUGGAAAUUUUGGAUGAUACUGGAUUGACAAAUCUACAUGGAUUGUAAAUUCCAAAGAUUAUGAUAUAAAGACUUGGCUUUAGCCUUUACCCUUUUUUAAAAUAUGGAAAAUUUAAGAAAAUAAGACUUGGCUUCGGCCUUUAUGGAUUUUGAAGAGAUGGAAAGAAGAAAAAUAAGACUUGGCUGCGGCCUAUACAUUAUAAAAUUCUCUAUAUUCAAAAUAAAAAAGACAAGGCUGUAUGGCUUAGUUCCUUUGCCUGCUCUUUCGAGUGAAUAAUAAAAACAACAAUCUGUCAGUAUCUCUCGUUUCUUAUCUUGUUUUCUUUUAUGUUUUGUAGGUUAUAAUUCAAAGAGUAUAUAAAAUAUAUUAUAAUUUAUUAUCUUGUUGUUUUAUAAUUACACUACACAUCACACCACAACCUUUGAAUAUAAUUUUAUAACUGUAACUUCUAAUAUUGAAACAUUCAAGCAAAUGCAAAAUGAAUCAUAGUACUUCAAUUAAUUAUGAAUUGUCACUGAAGUAUUGGGCUGAAAUUCCUCCGACUGUUGAUGGAGUGCUUGGAGGGUUUGGAUUUAUCUCAAAUGCUGAUAUUGAAGGAUCAAAACUGUUCCUAAAAUCAUUAUUUGCUUUAGAUAAUGGCCCUGCUCCAAAUCUUGCUUUGGAUUGUGGCGCUGGUAUUGGCCGGAUAACAAAAUAUUUAUUGAUACCAAAUUUUGAAAAGGUCGAUGUUAUAGAACCUGAUGAAAAAUUUCUUAAUGCAAUAGCGGACUUUGUUGGUGAUAACAAAAGUAAAGUUGAAACUUUAUAUAAAGUCAGCUUACAGGAAUUUACACCAGAGAAAAAGUAUGAUGUCGUCUGGAAUCAGUGGGUUUUAGGGUAUUUAACUGAUGAAGAUCUUGUACUAUAUCUAAUUAGAUGCAGAGAUGCAUUGACUGAAAAUGGAGUUUUAGUUGUAAAGGAAAAUGUCACCUCAUCAGGUGCCACAGAAAAAGAUGAGGCAGAUUCAUCAGUGACUAGAUCAUUAAGAGAUUACAUGAGAAUUUUUAAGAAAGCAAAUUUAAAAAGGAUUAAACAAUGUAAGCAGACCAACUUCCCUAGUGGAAUUUAUCCUGUGUAUAUGUUUGCUCUAGUACCAAACACAAGAGUACUAGAAUUACCUUAUACUACUAGAUUGAGAAGCACACACAAUAAUGCUAAAUAGAGCCCAUAUGAAAUAAAUAAAGUGUAAAAGGAUCAAGUAUUAUUUUGGCUAUA